AUGUCCUCUAACCUGUUAGACUGGAAGUCCUCUACAUACAACAGAUCUCCUACAGUUGGCAGCUUUGAAGAGUGCAAGGUUCUAUUUCCUUGCCCUGAAUAUCUUCAAUCAAUUGCUGGAUACGACCGUCACUGGAACUCAGCACUAUUAUCUUUGGUUACUCAUGGAUUUCACAAUGAUGACGGGCAUCUAGAGCAGAACAAAGGCUUUCAUCCACUUACUAGCGAACACUAUCUCACUGGGUUUUCUAAAUCUCAGACGGCUACAGAGGAGCAGAGGAUAAAUAAUUGGCGGGCUCAAGCGAUUCAUGCAGAGCAGAUAUUGCAAACUAUAUUUGACCUGGCAAGUUGCACCACUUUAGAUAGGUUGACAGGUGGUUCAACAAUUGUCCUGCAUCAUCCUGGCGCUACACCUCCAUCCUUAGACAUCUCUCCUGAGAACCUCAAGGCUGAAGUCUAUAUCAAUCCCAAAGUGCUCUCGGAGCAUCGUGAGCUUCACUCGGUCGUCGCUCAAAUCUCUCAACUCUUCAUCGCUGACUAUGCGACACCUUUGGCCCGAGCCUUCGCACAAAAUUGUAUUCACAACAAUUGGAAAGGCAGCGGCCCAGUCUCUCAAACACCUUCAAAAGGCAAGACAACAUCGAAAGGCAAACAAGUUGAAAUUGCACCUCUUAUUCCCUCACCUAUUUCACCAUCAUCGGCACAUUUCACUUUUUAUGGACGUCCUCCUCCAAUAUCUUAUCAUAUAUGCCAUCCUACGACAGCAGAAUUACGUGGAAGCCAACUCAGAUCCAAUUAUUGCAUACUCGGGAGAGCAAGGGUUAUCAGGUCCGCAAAGAGGGACCAAGUAGGAGGGCUGUCGUAUCAGCACAGGAUCACAGUGCACCCAACAACCCCUGCUGUUUUCAACCAGUCCUCAAGCAGUAGCCAGGCUGAGAGAUGUUACCCUCCGUCAAACAGUGAUGAUAAAUGUUACCCUGCUUCAACAAGUGACCAGGCCUGGAGACAUUACCCUCCUACAACUCCUAUGAGGAGCAAAAGCACAUCCUUUGAAUUACCCACACCCAUGUCGAUCACUGCUAGGUCCCCAUCUGAUUCGUGGCAUUAUAGUAUGCUGGCGCUUGUUCCUUUUGGGAAUGAAACAGAGGUAGUCCUAGAAGAGCUAGGCUACCCAGAUCAUUUUCAUCGGGUCUGCAUAUCAAUCGGCAAAGAUUACCUUCCGAAGCAGUGGUUUUUGAAAUUGCAGGAGCCUGUUACCUCAUUCCCUGUCAGAAUUACUGUGAUGGUGCUCCCAGGAACUGCUCGCUCGCACAAUCCUCGCCGGUUAGUUCCUCGAACACGCGCCCUAUAUGUCAAAGUAUCGAAAGAAGACCAACAGGUUCGAGCCGUUCUCAAUUACAUUAAUGCAAAGGCCACAGAUUUGGCAUCUAAGUUCAAACAACCUCGAUGCUGCUACCUUGAGAGGUUAUCGCUUGGUUCUGUUGUCCACCACCGCAAAUGCAACAAGACAAGUGCCUGGUAUGCCUAUAUGCACUUCAAAGGCAUCCAGAACAAUGCCAGUAAGUUUUCCUCAUAUGAGAAGUCAAACAUCGCCAAUCUUGCAAAGGACGAAACCGAGUACCACCAACUUACCACUGAGGAGAAGGCGCAGCUUAUAAUUGACUUUGACAAAGUCAAGAAGAGUUCUCGGGAUCGUCCUCCAAACAUCACCACUAGAUCACGGGCUGCUAAAUGUUCCCGGAACUUCCAGUUGGUGAGAGAAGAGCUUGAAGCUCUCGAGGAAUGUGUUGGCGUUGAAGCCUUCAUCGUUAUGGUUCGUGGUGUUUCCAACUUCACCAUGGUGCCAAAGGCAUUCUUCACAAGCCCCACAGCUGAACACUUUGUUCCUUUAUAUCUACAUAAGGACAUCGCGCAACUGGCAACCAACCUUGAGAGCACAAUACUGGCCAAUGGCCUCAUUAUGAGUUCGUACUUAACUAUUUUUUUCUAUACACAUGGUGAAGUAACAAAUAAUCCCUCAGCGGUAAUGGAGUUCAAAUGCUAUAAUGAUCUUGUCCAACACUACCACGUCAAGCUUGUAGGGUGGAACCACCCUAAAUGGGCCAAUCCAUCUGACCUGAAAGGCGGUAUCGAGAGCCUCGAGAAUGUGGUCCUUGCGAUUCAGGCCAAUACAUGUAAGUUCAUAAAAAUCACACCACAAGAAGCCAAAGAGCAACAGCGUCUUAUCAAUGAUGGUGAGAUACUCACUCCUGACCUCGAGCCCCCAAUGCCAUCCAACUUGCCUGCUCCUGAUUCAACACAGUCAUCAACGACCAAUGUUUGGACAUCACUGCCACCACCAUCAUCCGACAUUCCUACUCCCCAUUUGACUCAGUCACCAAUGGCCAACACUUGGACAUCAAUGCCGCCACCAUCCAGUGUGUUUGAGUCUGAACAAUCUGCAGAUUAUGAUAUCACACCUGCUCCCAUGACACCCACUGCGGCUUCGUCAGAGCCUUACAUGCGCCCCUCGUCGAUUACAAAUGAAAUGGUGGAUCCCAUUCUUCGUGCACUUGAUCAUGGUAAAUAUAUCUCUACUCUAGUGUAA